GUGGAACUUCUGCCUUCGUUCGUGCUCUCUGAGCUCAGCUAUGGAACAUGCUCAAGAACAUGAAGCCUGCCUUGAGCAAGCCCAGAAGUAUCAUGUGGAGAGACCAGUAUAUAACCAAGAGCUCUUGGAAGGGCAGCUGCACAGACGGGAAAGAACAGCUCAGACUUUUGGACARCGGGUUGCCCAUUCUUGUCGUUGUUCUUCAAAGAAGGCCAAGUCUCAUCUUUACAGUUUCUUACCCAUUUUAAAAUGGCUUCCCCGCUACCCAGUGAAGGAAUAUUUAUUAGGAGAUAUUAUCUCAGGUAUUAGCACUGGGGUUAUGCAGCUGCCUCAAGGUUUAGCCUAUGCUUUGCUGGCAGCUGUUCCCCCAGUAUUUGGCCUAUAUUCUUCAUUUUAUCCUGUUUUUCUAUAUACUUUUUUUGGGACCUCCAAGCACAUAUCAAUAGGCACCUUUGCAGUGAUUAGCAUGAUGAUYGGCGGGGUUGCGGUGAGGGAGGUGCCUGACGAGGUGGUUUCCGUGGGCUACAACGCUACCAACAUCACGGAGCUGCUGGCCUCUCGGGACGCCAGGAGGGUGCAGGUGGCUGUGGCCCUCGCGCUGCUUUCGGGCAUCAUCCAGUUGUGUUUAGGUCUGCUCCGGUUUGGCUUUGUAGCCAUCUACCUAACGGAGCCUCUGGUGCGAGGAUUUACUACUGCUGCUGCCGUCCAUGUCUUCACUUCUCAGUUAAAGUAUCUGCUUGGAGUGAAGACCAGCCGCUACAGUGGACCCCUCUCAGUUGUCUAUAGCAUAGCUGCUGUGUUUUCAGCAAUCACAACCACCAAUAUUGCUUCCUUGGUAGUUGGGUUAACGUGCAUUGUUUUGCUGCUGAUUGGCAAGGAAAUCAAUCUCCGGUUUAAGAAGCAGCUCCCAGUUCCUAUUCCUAUGGAGAUCAUUGUGGUAAUUAUUGGCACAGCAGUUUCAGCUGGAAUGAAUCUGACUGACACAUAUGGAGUGGAUGUGGUUGGGAAUAUUCCUCAAGGGUUACGUGCACCAAAAGUUCCUGAGAUCCACCUCAUUCCAACAAUAUUUGUGGAUGCAGUAGCUAUAGCAAUAGUUGGAUUUUCAAUGGCUGUGUCAAUGGCCAAGAUCUUUGCACUCAAACAUGGUUACACCAUUGAUGGGAAUCAGGAACUUAUUGCCUUGGGAAUAUGCAACUCCGUGGGCUCUUUUUUCCAGAGCUUCUCAAUCACUUGCUCWAUGUCUCGGAGUCUCGUUCAGGAAAGCACUGGUGGGAAAACUCAGGUUGCAGGUAUGCUGUCUUCAGUCAUGGUUCUCCUGGUAAUUGUGGCGAUUGGCUACCUCUUUGAACCACUUCCACAGACUGUGCUAGCUGCAAUUGUCAUGGUGAACCUGAAGGGCAUGUUCAAACAGUUCGGAGACGUCGCGCACUUCUGGAGGAUCAGUAAGAUUGAGCUGGCCAUCUGGGUGGUAGCUUUUGUGGCCUCUCUUUUCCUGGGACUAGACUAUGGUUUACUUACUGCAGUAACGUUUGCAAUGAUAACCAUUAUUUACAGAACACAAAGCCCUCAGUACAGGAUCCUGGGCCAGAUUCCUGACACGGACGUUUACUGUGAUGUGGAGGAGUAUGAGGAGGUUAAAGAACAUCCCGGAAUAAAAAUAUUUCAAGCUAAUACAUCGCUUUACUUUGCCAAUAGCGAGGCAUAUAUGGCUGCCCUGAAGAAAAAGAGCGGAGUGGACCCCUGUGUUAUCUUAGCAGCAAGGAGGAAAGCCCAAAAAAGACAYGCCAAGGCGGUGAAGAAAGCAAAGGAGCCCAAGAAGAAAGCAGUCCUGAAGCUGACCAASGACGUGGAGGCGGGAGUGAAACAUGAGAUAGCCAACGAGGAGGUGCCCGUCAAUGGGAGACUCACGUGYGCAGAUGAGAGCGGGCAAGAGCGGCCUCCUGAAGAACUUGAAUACUUUGUGGAGCCAAAAACAAACAUCCACUCCUUAAUCCUGGAUUUUACUCCAGUGAAUUUUGUGGAUUCGGUUGGAGCAAAAACACUGAAAUCAAUUAUAAAAGAAUACAAAGAAGUUGGUGUCGGGGUCUGUAUUGCCGGCUGCAGUGGCCCUGUGCUGGGGGAGCUGACGAGCCUGCAGUUCUUUGGAAGCCCCGUGACGAAGGGCCGGCUGUUCCCCAGCGUGCACGACGCCGUCCUCGCCUGCCGCGGCCGGGAGGCCCCUGCCCCACAGGCCGCCCCCGGCCCCUGAGGGGCGGCGGGGACACAGCACCAGGCACAAGUUGGGCCCAUAGAGACUCUUCUCCAGUAUUUAAUUUUGCACAGUUUAAGGAGAGCCUAAGGCUUUGGCAUCUACGGGUUYGGGGCGGGCGCUUAUUCACUGUAGGAAUAGUGGGUGAGGAGUUUUUGGAAGCCUUUUAUGCUCUUUGUUUCCUUGCUGAGCCGGGGUGUAGCCUUGCAGUGACGCACAGCAUAAACUCAUGCAGGGCUGAGGAGAAUUUGGUGUGUCCUGCUGCAGACUAAAUCAGAGCGUAGCAGAGGGAAUAGCUGCACUGAGCUGAUUGCACUUAACGAGCUGCAGGUAAAAUAGUGAAACACAAAGUAGACGAGGUGACAUUCCUACUCCUGAUGAGAAAACGGGCACUUUAACUCACUGCAAAGUGGGAUCUUGCAGGAAAUAACCGUCCUGCGGUGGCAAUGCACUGUACCAGUGUCUUGAAGUAAUUUUCGUAAAUCACACUGAGGGUCUGAUGGCAACAUCUGCAUACGACAGAUUUAUAUAAACUUAGACUAAUCUGCCAGCUGGAUUAAUGAAGUGACAYGGUGGCAUUGGCUGCUGCUGGUUUUAAACCUGAAUGGUACUCGUUUUUUUUUUUUUUUUUUUAAAGCCUCUCUCAACAAUACUGAUCCACUUUUUGCCUAAAAAAUAGUGCUUUGGGUGAAUUUUGAAUUAGGAUCUCAUAGUUUGUUAGAAUUAUCAACGUUAGCAACAUUUUUACUAUCACUGCCAGAAACUUAAUUACACUUUUUUUUUAAAAAAGAAAAUGGAAUUGUUUUGGAGCUGAUAUUAAUUUGGCUUCAAAGUCUCAAAACAAAACUGGUUUAAGGCUGAGAUCAGGUCUAGUAAGUCAAGAAAUGAUGCCCUAUAUGUAUUUUCUUAAGUUGGAAUAAGUAGGUAGACUUCAAGUCUCAGUGGUCCAAGAGAUUUUUUUUCAAAAACAUUUUCUAUUGCCAGAGCUGUCUUCCUGCCACCACUGCUGUUCCUGCCUCGGMUUUGAAGUGCUUUUUGAGACAGACGUAGGUAGAUGUGCAAAACCUCUUCCUUUUAAUGAAGCCCUAGUUUGGUUUUGUCCUUACAGCCAGCCUCUAUGGUACUGCUUGGCUGCAGGUGUGAGAAGCGCAACACAGAGCAAUCCAAAGAGAAAAACCAGCAAAAAGAGCUGCGGUUCCUGUCUCUGCCGGGCCCAAGUCCUUACAGAACUGGGCAGGUAGGAAGGAAACGGCCUCUCUCUGGUGCUUUCCCAGCACAGGGGAAGUGGGGAGUUGGUCACGGAGGCCCUCGGAUCAAAGGGCCUCUGCACAAGGGAACCGAAACCGCUGCCUCCCUCCUGAAGGCAGGACUCGAGUGCUCCUGUUCUGCUUCUGCCUCUGCUGCAAUCAGGUCUCGCUUCAGGUAACCGUUUCCCAAGCCCUGGGGCAGUAGGAAAAGGUGUUUCCUUUCCUGGGUCUCCGCUCCCAGCAGGAGGGGAACGUUCUGCAUCGGAAGAUGCAGCUUCGCUGGACUUCAAAGGGUGGAUUUUAGUA